GAUACUCACUCUAUCAUCCUUUGAGUGGCAUCAAAUGGCUACUUGGGCAUAUCCUCCGCUGCCUGCAGACCAGUUGAGGCACGAGGAAGAGACUGCAUUGUCUAAAGAGCUUGAAUGGCUGCUAGCUUCUCUCCAAGAGUCUCUGGCUUCACUACGAGAUGGCCUACAAGAAUGUGCCGGUCUAUUGGCACCGAAAGAACCAGGGUCUACCCUGGUUGUUUCUUCAGUACGAUCAGAGAGUGUAAAGGGAUUUGUGACUAGAGUGGGCACGAGAAUUGUGAAAGGCGACAUUCAUCUACGAUUGACAUCGCUUCCACCGCCGCGUGGCGCCAAUAGCACUCGCCUCAACGUCUCCAGUGUGCCAGGGGCACCUGAGCUUGUAUUGGACCAGCUCGCUGCAGUCCGGAACCUGGUAAACCAGGGACUAGACGUGGUAGACGUCAGUACAUUUACCGGUGACCCUCUCAAUGCUAGUUUUAUAUCUGGUCAACUACGUUUGCUAUAUGAACAUAUUUCCGAGGCUAAGUCAGCCCUGAAAGGGAACGCGGAGACGUCAAAAUGGUGGGAGCAUAGUGCAGAUAGUAGCGUUUUCGACCCUCCUUUACCGCCAUAUUUGUCUUUCCAUCUCACGAUAGUAGAUGCCGCAUUGGUAUUACAUCUACGAACCCUAGAACCAAAUCCCGCGAAUCAAGCUUCAGGGUCCUUUGGAGCGGAAAUUGGAUUAUCUAUACGAGACAGACUAUUCGGUCCUCGACUGCCAUCACAUGAUGAACAAAACGACGUCUUUGUAUGGCAAGGCGAGGAAGUCAAAGUCAAAGAAAAGAUUCGAGUGGAAACUCAAGAUCCCAGUCUGAUUGCUGUAAUGGCUAAGUUGAGUGCAUUAGAGCAUGAGGUCUUGAAAUGCAGAGCCUCGCUGAAGAUUGUCAUGGGUGAUGAAGAUAGCGACUUGGAAUGAAGCGUUAUCCCUUUUAUCCAUCUUGACAAUGCUAAUCAGAACGUCUUCUUAUUUCUCUGAUUUAGGGUGGUCGACCAAUCAUAUGAUGGCUGUAGUUACCUAAGCAAGUGGAUACCUUUUCAUCCAAUGAUAUCCUCCGUAUUUACAUACCCUGGCUUGGCAUCCUUUUCGGGGAGCUUGUCAGUGGCG